AAAAAAGCCGGAAAAGACAGGAAAUCGAACACAUUUUAUUAAGCCCAUCGGUUUCCCAUCAGUCAACCCACGAACGCGAACCUCGCGCCGCGCCGUCCGCCCGCCAUGGUGCGCAAGCUCAAGUACCACGAGCAAAAGCUCCUGCGCAAGACCGACUUCAUCACCUACAAGCAAGACAAUGACCACCGCGACAAGGCCGUCAUCCGGCGGUACAUGAUCCAGAAGCCCGAGGACUACCACAAGUAUAACCGGCUGUGCGGAUCCCUGCGACAGCUCGCGCACCGCCUCUCCCUCCUCCCGCCCGACAACGCCACGCGGCGCAAGCACGAGGACCUGCUGCUCAACAAGCUGUACGACAUGGGCAUCCUGUCGAGCAAGUCGAAGCUGUCGGCGGUCGAGCACGGCGUCACCGUCAGCGCGUUCGCGCGCCGGCGCCUCCCCGUCGUCAUGACGCGCCUCAAGAUGGCCGAGACGGUGCAGGCCGCCACCAAGAUGAUCGAGCAGGGCCAGGUGCGCGUCGGCGUCGAGACCGUCACCGACCCGGCCUACUUGGUGACGCGCUCCACCGAGGAUUUCGUCACCUGGGCCGUCGGCAGCAAGAUCAAGCGCAACAUCAUGAAGUACCGCGACCAGCUCGACGACUUUGAGCUGCUGUGAGGAUGUUGGUUGCUGUUGUUGGGCCGGUUUGGAGUGGACGAAGGGAGGAGAGGGCUUUGAUACCAAAAAGGGCAUUUGUCGGCGUUUUGGGGGGUUGUAAUGUCGGAUUACAAGGCGCAACGAUUUCGGCGGUUGUUUUACAUCUUGGUACAUUAUGCCAUGACUGGCUCACAUGGGUUCAGGGAAUAGAGUGAAUGUCAUUCUCUUGAGGC